AUGGCCUCUCGCAAGCCCGAUUUACGCAUGACCAUUCCGGAGAGGGAUCAGCCAAACGGCCGUCCUCAACUCCUCCAGCGCAAUCCUCGAAGCCCACGCUUUCGGGAAGACUUCGACGCCCCAUUUUCCGAAUCCGUCUUGAAUGCCUCCAGGACAACUCUCGCCACAGACGCCAGCGAUGGCUACCCAUCAUCGCAUUAUCGAAAUAGCUUCGAUGCCGACAGUCAUCAGCCCAUCUCGGCCAGUGCGAUGCACACAAAGACCUCGUUCCCGUCACCCUUGUCACCGAGGCUGCCUCGUACCGUCUGGCCAUCAACGGAGUCUUCUCAGCAGUCCACCGUCGCGACUAGGAUCCGCGACUGGGCCAGGAGGUCAUUUUACCUCCCACGAAAUGAUUCCGAGAAGCUCAUCGACGGAUAUGCCUUACGGAACCAGUCUCGCACUUCCAAGUCGACCGUUGUUCUUUCACAAGCUGAUAUCGCAUCGUACGCAAAUCCCGAUCGAUGCCAUCAACCAGCAGGUGCUGGUGCUUCCAUGAAUGGAUCCAGAUGA